UUUAGUUCUAAAGUGCAACCUUCUGUCUUCCUGGAUCCCUUCAGCCCUGUUAAUGCUUAUCUGUGCUACCUCCCCCCCCCCCACUACCCUCGCCCCUUCUGCAGAUACAUGCCUGCCCCUUAGUUACUGGGCUGGCAUUAUGAGCGCAUUUCAGUGUGGCUGCGCGCGUGUAUUUGCAGAGGGUUAGAUCUUGCAUCAUCAGCGCUUGCCCCAGCGUUUUCAGAGCAUUUCCCACCCGACCCUCUCGUAAUUGUGGUUAAAUCAUCCUGACGAAUGUGCAGAAAUCUGCAGUCAGCUGGAGGGUUUAAAGGGCUUUGAUCCUGGGCUGCAGAGGAAGUGCCAGGAAGGUUUGGCACAAUGACUUGCUAUACAGGGCCUUAGCAACGUGGCAAAAAUUGGCUGUUUUCAAGCUGCCUCCCCCUUCCCCCUGCCCCCUUCGCUUCUGGGAGAUCUGAGCUGGCUUCCCCUGCCCUGGGCAUUCCUUCCCUUCUCCCACUUGCUGCGGAAGGGACAAGUCUACCAUGGCUGGGGACAGACUUCCACGCAAAGUGAUGGAUCCCAAGAAGCUUGCCAGCCUCUUGAGGAGUGGGUCCGAAAGCAUGCUGGUCAUUGACAGCCGCUCCUUUGUGGAGUACAACUCGUGGCAUGUCCUCAGCUCCGUCAACAUCUGCUGCUCCAAGCUGGUCAAGAGGAGGCUUCAGCAAGACAAAGUAUCCAUCACAGAGCUCAUCCAGCCAGCCUCCAAUAUCAAGGUAGAAGCAGAAGAGCACCAAGAUGUGGUGGUCUAUGACCAGAGCACACGGGAUGCCAGUGGACUGGCGUCUGACAGUUUCCUCUCCAUCCUCCUAGGCAAGCUGGACAGCUGCUUCCACAAUGUCUCCAUCCUCACAGGGGGCUUUGCCACCUUCUCAUCUUGCUUCCCGGGACUCUGCGAAGGGAAACCUACUGCUAUCCUGCCAAUGAGCAUCUCCCAGCCAUGCAUGCCAGUGGCCAAUGUUGGCCCAACUCGUAUCCUGCCUCAUCUCUACCUAGGCUCCCAGAAAGAUGUCUUAAAUAAGGACCUGAUGACCCAGAAUGGGAUAAGCUAUGUCCUCAACGCCAGCAACUCUUGUCCCAAGCCAGAUUUCAUAUGUGACAGUCACUUCAUGCGCAUUCCAGUCAAUGACAAUUACUGUGAGAAGCUUCUGCCCUGGCUAGACAAGUCCAUUGAAUUCAUUGACAAGGCCAAGGUGUCCAGCUGCCAGGUGAUCGUUCACUGCUUGGCAGGGAUCUCCCGAUCGGCCACCAUUGCCAUUGCAUACAUCAUGAAGACCAUGGGAAUGUCUUCAGAUGAUGCCUACAGGUUCGUAAAAGACCGGCGUCCCUCCAUCUCGCCCAAUUUCAACUUCCUGGGUCAGCUCCUAGAGUAUGAGAGAAGCCUGAAGCGACUCAAGGCUCUGAAGGCCCAAGGGGAGAAGGGCGAAGGGGAAUCCCAGCAAGACCAGCCAGAAGCACCUGAAGGCUGCAGGCACCAGAUUCUGUCUACCUCAGAAAAGGCUGAGGAGCUAUUCAGAAGCACAACCUCGGAGACCUCCUCGCUCGACUCCGAGAAGCCAGCGGGAGUCCCCAAGGUUGUCUCGCCUACAGCACUGCAGCAAGGGCUCCGUGGCCUCCACUUGUCUUCGGAGCGCAUCCAAGACACCAACCGGCUGAAGCGUUCCUUCUCCCUGGACAUCAAGUCAGCCUACACCCCUAGCCAGAGGCAGCAGGACCCCCCAGGUCCGACAGAGGCAGGAGAAACCCCCAAGCUGUGCAAACUGGACAGCCCAUCAGGCCCCAACGGCACAUGCCAGUUCUCCCCUGUCCCAGACAGCCCGGACUGGCCCAGCGGCCCCGACUUCCUCCUCGAGGCCAAAGUACGGCAGAGACGGAAGCACAGGCACCAAGCCGGCUCCCCUGCCCACGGGCUGAGCCUUAACUUCAGUGGAGUGUGCGCCAUGCACAAGAGCGCCAGCGUAGAGGACAGCCUCAAGCAGACGCUUCGAGCAGGCCUCCCCGGUGUGGGGCAGCAGCCGACCGCCACCCCGGCCCCCACCAGCACUUGGGGGGUGCACUUGGAGUCCCCUGGCACCCCUUCCUCCGAGAACCCCUGGUACUUCAGCACAGACUCGCCGGCGGGCGGCAAAGGCAGCGGGAGCGGGGCUCUGUUUGCCGGCGCCGCCACUUACUCCUCGUUCAGCUGCAGCACAAUCCAGGCGAGCUGCGAGAUCAGGCUGAGGGACAAGCAGCGGGGCGAGCAGCGGGACGUGCGGCACAGCUGGCACGAGGACACCGCAGCCGAGAAGCAGUUCAAGCGCAGGAGCUGCCAGAUGGAGUUCGAGGAGACCCUGUCGGAGAGCAGGUCUCGGGAAGACCUGGGCAAAAUCAGCAAACAGUCUAGCUUUUCGGGCAGCAUGGAAAUCAUUGAGGUGUCCUGACGCUCACCUUGUGAGAUCUGAGAGCAAGUUGCGCGUGCAUCAGUGGGUGGGUGGGGAGGGGGAAG